AUGGCUGGUGAUGAUGAUGUUUUUUCACCAGGCAUAUCAAUGACACAAUUGAGUCUCUUUCAGAAAAGACUGAUCCAGAUGGCUACAAGACAUGGACUCGGGUCAAUGACUUGGUACAGCAGUGGAUCACCAACACUGUCAGUCAAGACAUUGCUAAGAGUCUCACCUAUUACUCUUCGGCUCAAGAGGAAUUCCGAAGAUCUGCAGUCGUUGGAGGAGUGGCCCUUCUGUGACAAUCCGACUAAACGAGCCCCUACUGGGCCUGAGGUGAAAAGCAGCAGUAUUGUGUGUGAGUGUCUUGCAGCAGCAAGGGUAAUGGCAGAGAAUAACAACUAUGUGCAGCCCUCCAUUCCACGCUUUGAUGGGCAUUAUGAUCACUGGAGUUUAUUAAUGGAGAACUUCCUGAGAUCGAAGGAGUAUUGGAGCCUAAUUGAGACAGGCUUCACUGAGCCUGCUGCGGGGGAGGUGAUAACCGCAGCACAGAGGAAGACGUUGGAUGAGUUGAAGCUGAAAGAUCUAAAGGCGAAGAAUUAUCUCUUUCAGGCGAUUGACCGCACGAUCUUAGAUACAAUCCUUCAAAAGGAUACUGCGAAGCAAAUAUGGGAUUCCAUGAAGAAGAAGUAUGAAGGGAAUGCAAGGGUGAAAUGCUUUCAACUUCAAGCACUUCGCAAGGAUUUUGAAAUUCUUGAGUUGAAAGUUGGUGAGUCUGUCACAGAUUAUUACUCUCGAGUUAUGUCUGUGGCAAAUAGAAUGCGGACUCACGGUCAACAGAUGGAUGAUGCUACUGUGGUGGAUAAGAUACUUCAAUCUUUGACCGAGAAGUUCAACUAUAUAGCCUGCUCCAUUGAAGAGUCGAAGAACAUUGAUGAGAUGUCAGUCGAUGAGCUACAAAGUUCAUUGCUUGUUCAUGAGCAAAAACUCAAUCGGAGUAGAGGAGAGGAGCCAGCAGCCCUAAAAAUAUCAACAAAUGGUGCUUUUCCAGCUAGAGGCAGAGGCAGAGGCGUAUGGAGAGGAAAAGGCAGAAGUAUGAGAUAUGGCAGUGGGAGCGGACUAAAGCAUGAUGGUCAAUCCCCUGAUUUUCAUAGCAGAGGUGGUAGAGGAGGUUUCAAGCAUGAACAUCAAUCCUCAGGCAGAGGUAGAGGAUAUUUUGAUAAGUCCAAGGUGGAAUGCUUCAGAUGUCAUGGGUUUGGUCACUUUCGGGAUGAGUGUAAUGCGAAGCUUCACAGAGAGAAACAAAAGUUCGGUGAGUAG